AUGAUUCCGGCCAAGAUGUCUGUCGCGCGAGCGGCUACCUUAAGGUCCCAGGCCCCGGCCCUCAGAGCAGUGUCACAACGAGUUUCUUCCCGAGCUUUAUUGUAUUCGACAGUUUCGGGCCAGACACUCAAACUCUCAACAAAGGGGCUGAGGGGUGCUCUUCAAUCCCGUCAUCUCCCCGUCUCCCAGCUCGUCUCGCCGUUCACCGUUCUCCCUCUGACCCGAUCAUUCCACGUCGCAACACCUCUGUGGCAGCAGCAGCAUCAACAGCAGCAAAAAGAGGAGAAAAAGGGGGAAGAUGCCAAGUCCGAGUCAGAAGGUGAAGGUUCCAAAGAAGAUAAAAAGGAGAAGAAAGAGGACGCGCCGCCACCACCCCACGGAGACAAAUCUCCCUGGCAGGUGUUCCGUGAGACGCUCCAGACUGAGUUCAAGGCAUCCAAAGAAUGGAACGAAUCUACCAAGGCGCUUGCUUCCUCUGCCCACGAGUUUAGCGAGAGCGAGAACAUCAAGCGUGCACGCGAGGCUUAUCAGGCUGCCUCGGGCGCCGCGAGCUCCCGAACUUCGUCGGCUGUCAAGUCUACCGGUCAAGCAAUUGGGAAGGGGGCUGCUUGGACGUGGAAUACUCCUGUGGUUCAGGGUGUUCGGAAAGGUGUCAACGCCACCGGCUCAGGGAUCGAAAGGGCCACGAGACCCGUUCGCCAGACCGAGGCCUACAAAAGUGUGAAGGAUGCCAUCGAUGACGGUAGCAGCUCCCGCUACGGUGGAUGGGUGGAGAAGGAAGAGCGUCGCAAGCAGCGACAGCUACGGGAAGAGAUGGAGGCCAAGUCUGGCAAGUCUCGCAGGGUUGAACAAGCUGUCGAGGAUCCCAACGCUGGUACGAAUAUCACCAUUCACAAAGACGCUGCUUGGAAGGACUCGUGGCGCACCUUCAAGGAUUCGAACCCGAUGAUGCAGAAACUCUUCUCCAUGAAGGAAACCUACAACGAAUCCGAGAACCCCCUGAUCAGCACGGCGCGCAGCAUCUCUGAUCGGGUUGCCGGUUUUUUCGCCGAGAGCGAAACUGCCCAGGUGAUCAAGAAGUUCCGCGAGAUCGACCCCAAUUUCCAAAUGGAGGAAUUUUUGCGGGAAAUGCGUGAAUACAUGCUGCCGGAAGUUUUGGAUGCCUACGUCAAGGGAGAUGUUGAGACGCUCAAGCUGUGGUUGUCUGACGCCCAGUACCACGUCUAUGCUGCUCUCGCUCAGCAAUACACCACUGCCGGGUUGAAGUCGGACGGCCGUAUUCUGGAUAUCCGUGGUGUGGACGUCACGCAUGCCCGUAUCUUGGAUCCUGGCGAUAUUCCCGUGUUUGUCGUCACUUGCCGCACUCAGGAAGUCCACGUCUACCGCAAUGUCAAAAGCGGCGAACUGGCUGCCGGCAUGGAGGACAAGGUGCAGCUGGUCACCUACGCCAUCGGUCUCACUCGGAUACCGGAUGAAGUCAACAACCCUGAGACCCGGGGCUGGAGACUGAUCGAACUGCAGAAGGCUGCUCGCGACUAUAUCUAA